UUGUUGCAUGGGCUGCUUUGAAGCGAGUGCUGGAAAGAGGAAGACAAACAAAACAAGAGAGGCAGGAGAGCUUGCACUCACUGGUUAGGACUGAAAGUGCCUUGCUUAUAGAUCUUUGAGAAGGACACUAAGAGGAUGAAGAUAGUCUGCCACAUGCAAUCCAGCAUGAUUAGGAGUGAGUGGGUGGUACACAGAUGACUUCCAAACAAGAGUCUAUAUUUUUAACCUUAUCACUUCUUCUCAUCCAUCUUCCACACACAAAUGGCUACAUUCACUCACACUCUUUUUUACAGCCUGUGCCAGGACUUACACACUCUGCUGCCCUCAAGGAUCAAAUCUUCACCCAGGAAUCUGCAUUCAUCAAUCAGCUUUCCCUCAAACAACACCUUCCAUGGAAAAACCUUGACACAGUGUUUGUGGAAAUGUUAAUUUGUCACUCAGUGGAUUUAAGAUAAGUCGCUACAUCCAUAACUGGCUUUGACUCUAAAAAAAACAGAGACCUGCACAAUGGCCUUGAAAAAAGGACUAUUGCUCACGUUGUUCUUGUUUACCCUCCAAGCCAGCAGAAUCAAAGACCUCAGUAGAGACCAUUUAACAGAGAAAAGAGACAAGCAUUUCUACGAGGCCUUACGAACAGCCAGGCAUCUGUCAGCUGUCCAAGAUUCAUUUAUCCUGAAUAGGCCUCGAGUGAAGAGAUCAGCACUAUUCAGUACAGGGGUCAAAGCAUGUCCUCAGGAGAACAUGGCAGAGAUCAUCGCCAGCCACAAAUCAUACUACAAACUGAGAGUCUGCCAGGAAGCUGUAUGGGAAGCCUUCCAAAUUUUCUUGGACAGAGUACCUGAUACUACAGAGUUCCAGCAGUGGGUCCAUGCCUGCCAAACAGACUCACUUUGUGUGGAGGACUUGGCCCAUAAUUUCAGCAGCACCCAGGAACACCUUGACAUGGUGGCCAAGAGAGUGAACAUUGAAGAUAACCAAGAGGAUGCCAUGGCCACAUCUGUACCAGGCAAGAAAUGUUCAGAAAUUCCUGAAGAGAAAGUUGCCCUGGAUUCUGAAAAGACCAAGGUCUCAGCUGUACAGCACAUAAUAGAGUUCAGUGUGACUGUGAAGGACCCAGACUACAGGCAGCUACAGAGAGACCCUGACAGUUUGCAAUAUCAGGAUGCCCCCCACAGUCUUCAUGAACAGAUGCUGCAAAUUUUUAACAAACUUCCUGGUUUUAAGGAGAUUCGACUGCUGGGAAUUCCGAGUCCUGGAAGUGUUGCAGUGCGCUAUGCAGUGGUGUUUGAGACAGAAGUAGACUCUACAGGAAUAGGGCCCUCAGGGACAGUUGGAGAAUCUGGCACAGAAAUAGCCCUGAAGGACAUGGUAUUAAAGGCCCUGAGGGAGGAUACAUCCCUGCCUUUGGAUAUUUGUUCUCUCAGCUUCGAACCAACUACACAAAAUCAUUUAAAAGACCUACCAAAAGACAAACCAAGACAUCCACCUGGGGUUAUUAGUAAGCAAGAAGCAGUGGCCAUCUCUGAGGAGACUACUGAGUCAAUUAACAACUCAGAGGAAGAAGCAGUUCCUAAUGGAACUCAAGGGAGGGAUGAGGAGGCAAUAGAGAGCACAUUUCCUACACAGGAAACAUGUAAGCAUUUGCCUACUGUAACUACAUUGGUGACCAUUAGUGAGCCAUCUCCACCUGAACCAAGUGGUGGCCCCAAGCUAAAGGAAGCUGAGGAGCAAAAUCUAAUAUCUAAGGUUGAAGGAUAUAAGAGGAACACUACACUGGAUUCCCCAUUAAAGGUGUCUGAAGUGGAACAGGCUCUUGGAAAUGAAAUUGCUGCCAUGCCCAGCUCACCGAACUUGAACUCCAUUAAAGCUAUGAGAGCAUCUACUACAAAUCAGUAUUCAGAGAGGUUAAGUGUUAUAUCAGAAGCUUCAUUUAAAGAAGAAAUAUACUUUACCCCAACUGAAGUGCCUAAAGCAGAGGACAUAGCAGGCGAUACCACUGGGGCUAUGGAUGACAUUUCCAAAACUCCUGAGCCCAGCAGUUUUACAGGGAGCUCUGAGGUACCUAGCACAAAUGAACCCAUGGAGUUAAUAAGGUUCUCGUUAGUACCCAGGACUGAAGGUACCAUCCAGCAUAUGCAGUCUGCCUCAAUCCCUCAAACUGUACCUUCUGUAGACUUACCCUCUUCACCUCCAGCCCUACCUGGAAAUUUCCUUGAUAAGGAAGGACAGUCUAUCCAAACCCAUUCCUCUCAUCAGACUAAAGCAUGUGACAAUCAGGACUUUAUUAAGGGCUUGCCAUCUGAGACAGACAAUCCACAAUCCUCAGUCCCCUCUCUAGACAAAGACGUUGGGGUGUUCUUUAGUGUACAGAUUACCAACAUGCUCUUUUCAGAGGAUCUCUUAAAUAGGAGCUCACCUGGAUAUACGUCUCUGGAGAACACAUUCCUUGAACUAAGACAAACUUCUGAAUCCGGUAACCUGCCAAACCCAGAGUCUUCCAGUAAACAAACUGAGAAGGAACAGCGGACAUUAGCUUCAAUACCGUUGCUCCAAUUUCUACAAUCCAAUCUAACCGGAUUUAAGGAGCUACACAUCCUCAACUUCAGAAAUGGCAGUGUGGUAGUAAACAACAAGAUGAAGUUAGCCAAGCCAGUGGUGGAUAAUAUCACCAAGGCUGUACACGGCACUCUUGAUGACUUUAAUAAUACUGCCUCAAAGAGAACGGAUAGUGAAACUGACACCCAGUCAGCUGAUCGUGGUGAUCCAUGCAAGUACAUGGAUUGUAAUGAGUUUUCUCACUGUGUGGUGAACAUACUGACCACUGAGGCUGAGUGUCUGUGUGAUGCUGGCUACAGCACAGUGGAUGGCCUGCCAUGUCAGAGCAUCUGUAACCUCCAACCCAACUAUUGUCUCAAUGGGGGACUAUGUGAGAACAUACCAGGACAUGGAGCCAGCUGCAGAUGUCCUGCAGGUAAAUAUUGGUACUAUCACGGAGAGCACUGCAGUGAGCUGGUGUCUGUCCCAGUCGACCCAUUCCUAUUUGUACUCUGUCUGAUGGGAAGUCUCACAGUGGUGUGUGCUGUGAUAGGCCUGUUAAUGUUGAUUAACAGGAAGUGUAUACGGACCAGAAAGACAGUGAGACUAGUGCAUUCUCACUCUCCCCUGUCUAUGGAGGGAAUUAUGAGAGUGAAUCCAAUCUUUGAGAAUGAUGAUGGUAUCUUGACUCAUGUGUCCAGCACCAGCUCUCCCACAAUCACUGACUCUGACUCUGGCUCAUCUCAACCCUCUGACCAGGGCUCAUUUUAUUCAUUGGAAAACAUGCACCUUAGCAUUGAGAUUCCCAGGAAACUGUAUACAACAAGGUCAGAAAAGUUAGUAUCAGAAAUAGUUGGUUUCCACCACUGCAUACCACAUGUCGAGACAUGGAGACUGUCUAAUGAACACAGGACAUCAUGUUGUCUUCUGAGAGGAUCUGACAGUGAUGGGAUUGAAGUGACUGUGUUAUGACAAUUUCAUGGCCAGUCAAAACGUCUGAGCUCAAAUUGGCAGCAAAGGUCACUAUCGGAGCAAUAGGAAGCAGAGAAAUCAUUGUUUGUGACUUGUAAUGUGUCAAGAUGUACCCUUGUUAAAGGUUCUUUUUCCCUCACAGUGAGGUAUUUAUUUACAAAUGGAUACAUUUGGUGGUAUCAUUAUUGCUAUAGACUAUAUUGUUUAGACACUAGUAUAUCUCCAGUGUCCAAACAGUGUUCCAUUUUAGUUUUUUUUUAAAGCCAUAUCAGCUUCUGCAUUUUUAAUUAGAUUCUGAUAAUGAUCUUAGAUCUAAUAAACUUGUACUAGAAAAAAAAGUCUGGCUUUUGCAAGGAAACAUUUCUCAUCGAUAAUUUGUGCUGACCCCUGAUAAAAACAUACAGGAUAAGGAUUAUUUUACUUUAUUAUACACUUUUACAGAGAAGAGAACAAAAAAUAAUAAAAUAAAAAAACAGCUUCCACACCAAUGAAUUGCUUGUGUUACAGAUCUGACUUGUGGUUUAUGUACCUCAUGAAUAUUUUUUUUUUCUUCAAAUCAUCACAUUUCCACCAACCAGCAGGUGUAAAAUAUGCACGCACAGAACAAACAUUU